AUGGGCGGCUUGGGAACUGCCCUGGCCCUCGCUAAGAAGGGAUUCAAGGAUGUCAACGUCUACGAAACUGCGAGCAACCUUGGCUUCGUGGGAGCUGGUAUCCAAACCGCCCCAAACAUGGCCAGGAUCCUUGACCGGCUCGGCUGCUGGGAGGCCGUCUUGAAGGACUCGACGCAAGUCAAAGGCUCUAGCAUCAGGCCAGCUCUAUGGGUACCCGCAUUGCACAGGCCACCGAUCUUCCUCGCGGGUGGCAUGUACGAAGCUUGCAAGAAGGAGAGCGCUAUCAAAUUUCAUUUUGCUACCCCGCUGGUCGAGUUCACGGCAUUCUCGCCGCAGCCCACUUUCCGCGUGCAACCUCGCGGCGCCGAGCCCUAUACCGUCCGCGCUGAUGUUGUUCUUGCCGCCGAUGGCAUCAAGAGCUUGACUAGGACAGCCGUACUUGCCGCCGCCAAUGCGGUCGGUGAAGAGGCCGAGACUGAGCAAGCUGCUUACCGUAUCAUGCUCAAGCGCGAAGAUAUGGAGAAGGACCCCGAGCUACUUGAGCUGCUUGACAGCGACUAUGUCAUCCGCUGGAUCGGUGAGAAGCGGCAUAUUAUCGCCUAUCCUGUUUCCGAUAAGACCAUCUAUAACCUCUCAACCACCCAGCCCGACAAGAAUUUCGCCUCCGCUCCAUCGGCCACUUACACCACACGCGGAGAGAAGAGUGUAAUGCUCGACGUGUUUCGCGACUUCUGCCCACUGGUCCAGAAGAUGCUUAACCUCGUCCCUGAGGGAGAAGUCUGCGAGUGGAGGUUGCGCAUGCACAAGCAACUGCCCACCUGGACCUAUGGCUCCGUUGCCCUGCUUGGUGACGCGUGUCACCCCACUCUCCCACAUCUUAGCCAGGGAGCCGCUAUGGCUAUCGAGGAUGGGGCCGUUCUCGCCGAGGUUCUCGCCCUGGCCCCUGACACCGCGCCCGAAACCCUGGCUCGAUGUCUCAAAGUUUUUGAGCUUUCUCGCAAGGAAUG